AUGCGUUUACUUUCUGAAUUGGUCAAUGCUCCACGUGAAUUAGAUAAAUUAACUCAUGAAUUGUCAUAUAUUUUGCACUUGCAAGCGAAAAUGUUACAAACACGACAAUAUGAAAAUGAUGAAAAUUUAGUUACUGUAAUAUUUAAAUUAAAGACAUUAAAUGGUGUCGAUCUAAGUAAAGUUCCACGUAGUGCAACUAUAAAUGCAACUGCAAGGGCACUAAUGCGAGCUGCUUAUGGUGAAUUAGCAUGUUUUAAUGAUUUAAAAGAUGGCGAAUUCGAUGUAUUAUUAGGUUUAAUUGCUCAUAUACAUGGUCAACAUAUUUCAUCUGUGUUCGUUGACUCAAAUUCCAUCAAAAAUUCAUUACAGCAAAUGAAACAUGAUACAAAUAAAAAAAGUCCAUUAAGAAAGUUAAAGAAAUCAAUAUUGAAAGCACGAAAAUCAACAACAGCACAGGAAAGAUUAGCUCGAAAUGAUGAAGAUGAAGAACAACAACCACACCUGAAAUUGUUAUUACCAUUAAGUGAACUUGUUUUUUUUCUUAUGUUUUGA